GGCCGCGUACCACGUCUAGGUACUGUACGAGUCACUCAAACUCAAACUUCGGCUCUGGCAAUCGACGCAAAGAAACAAAUCAUCAGUCCCCGUGAGGAUAGUCAAAAGUCUUGUGAAAAAAAAAGUGGGAAGGAGAAACCCAAAAGGCCAGACAAAUCAAAUAAUCCAUCUAGGGCAGCCCUCGCAACCACCGACCCAUGUUUUAUCGGGCAACGAAGAAAGACGACUGAACUGCACAAGAGGAGGUAGUGAUGCCAAGUCCGAUCCCCUUUGUGUCCUCGCCAGCAGCAUGAGCUCUUAUGUUUUGACCACACCGAUCCCAAAAUGGUGUUCGCAUCACUUUUGCCAUCCUCGAAAUUUGGAUCGCGGGCAAGAGCUGGCUCUGGGCAAAGGCCUAGGUUGACGUCGUCGCGCCCAAGCCCCACAAACACUGCGUCUGCCUCGACCGCCUCCACGUCCACACCGACAAGUUCAGCCCCUGCUGCUCACGGCCAUGAGUUUAUCCUUGACGAAGUCCAGCUGCCUUCGAUACCCGAAGAGCGACCCGAUCUCCGAGAACUGAACAACUGCCUCGCGGCACUUGCCGUCGUCUUCCCAGAUAUCCAGCUCGAUGUUUUCCGCGAGAUGCUAACCAGCUUCGACUGCGAGUCACGUCUCGCUGUCGUCGCCGAUGCACUUGUCAAAAAUCGUGUGUCUUGGGUGAAGGGCCGGUGGAGGCUACCCGACGAAACAAACAACACCUCGGCCUUGCCAGCAGCAGCAGCAGCAACGCCGCAGACAAAUGCCAAACCGUUACAGGCCCAGGGUGCGUCUCGGAGGAGGCAAGGUGGUCCAGUACCGAUCAAGGAACAAUUCAGGAGUGCCGAAUACAGGGAAGCGGUCAGGUCACUGGCUCUUUACGAGUUCAAGGGUCUUUCGCGGUCCGCCGUGACUGCAGUCUUGGCUGAACACAACCAUUCAUACCUAGAGGCGCGAAAGACGCUCAUCGAGGUGUCUUCCAAAUCAUGGCGUUUCACUAUGGCGAACCUGUUUUCAAGAAAGAAAGCCGCGGUCCCGGUGACGGCGGCUGGGGCAGUAGACAGCCACCCGCUUGUCAUAUGGAAAUCCUCGGGCAAGGGCUCUAUCUUGCCUAUGAUCCGGUCUACGGGUAAUGCAGAGCUAGACCAUGAACUUUACUAUGAGCUGGUUGCCCCGCUAAAGGUCAAGGCCAAAGCAGAACAAGAACACAAAGACCGUGUUCUCGCUGUUGUCAUCAAUAUGGAGGAGGCAGAGGCUGCUGAUGCCACGCACGAAUGCGCCUGCUGCUUUACCACUGCCACCUUUGAGGAGAUCACGGUCUGCAAUGCGAACGGCCAUGUGCUCUGUUUUCGUUGUAUUCAGCACUCGAUACACGAGGCUGUCUUUGGCCAAGGUUGGCAACGGAGUAUCAAUAAGGAGCUGGGCACGCUGCGGUGCCCUGCAGUAGACUCAGAUGAAUGCAGCGGCUGUAUCCCUGCGGAUCAGGUGCACCGAGCAAUGCUUGAGGAGAAGAACGGGGCCGAGGUCCUGCACCGACUGGAUCAGCGUCUAGCCGAACAUGGCCUUAUAUCAAGCGGCCUGCCGCUUGUUCGCUGCCCAUUUUGCAGUUAUGCCGAGGUUGAUGAGUUGUACAUUCCUUCCAAGGAGCAACAUCUGCGUCUCCGUGCGGCUAGUCUCCUUAAGGUCGCUUUCUUUUGUCUUUGUCUGAUGACUGUUCCGUUUCUGCUACCUCUCAUGGUCUUGACCUCCAUCGUAUGCCUUCUCUUCACCUCUCAGCAAGCUUUGGGUGAUCGCCUAAGAAGCGAGUUUGCGAAAGCGUUGACAAGACAUCGUCGACGCCGACGUGGGCUCAAGUUCACGUGCCAGUCGCCGUCUUGCAACAAGACGUCUUGCCUGUCUUGUGACAAAGCAUGGACCGACAUACACGUCUGUCACGAGUCCGCCCUUGUGGCCCUGCGAACGCAGGUCGAACAGGCCAUGAGCAUGGCCAUCAAACGCGUAUGCCCUCGCUGUAACACAUCGUUCGUCAAAAACGCGGGCUGUAACAAGCUCACGUGUCCAUGCGGCUACAAGAUGUGUUAUGUAUGCCGCAAGGAUAUUGGCGGUACCGGCGACGGUGACGAUGUUGGCUAUCGGCAUUUUUGCGACCACUUCCGGCCGGAGGGCGAUCCGAGACCCUGCGAUCAGUGCAACAAGUGCAAUCUGUGGGAAGCAGAGAACACUGACGCUGUAUUACAAGAAGCCAGAGACGAGGCAGAGCGUAAAUGGCUCGAGGCCGAGGGCCACGGGCUGAACGGUGCCGAAAAGAAGUUCCUCGAGACCGGCAUCUCCUCGGGACUUUCCUCCUCCCGAGCCAGACAGAACGGAUUCAGAGUUGGACCAGAGCUUUUCAGCAAGGCGAAAUGGCCAAGUCUACCAACUGUCUGCGACGCUAUUGUUGAGAGUCUCUUUGUAUGAGAUAAUAUAUCCAGUUUAUGGUUUUCUUUGCACUUACCGUUGUCUCUGUUGUUUAUGGGCAGAGAUAUUAGCUUUCACAAAACCGCAACGUGCCAGCUGAUACCCGCUCCUUUUUCAGUUCGUUACUCGUCUGUUUUUUCUUCUUAUCUAUCUGGUUUUAAUCAUGCUUUGCUUUUCUAUUGCUACAUGUAUUACACCUUGUCUACCCCGCUUGUUUUGCCAGAAAAGAAAGCAUAAGGGAUGUGGCAAUCUGCAUUGGUUGCGUCUGGCGUUGUUUUCUUUUUUCUUUUUUUUAUGAUUUCAUUGUCGCUAGCAUUGCUCCUUUCUUUGGCUUACACAUGAUCCCGUUCAAACGGUGAACUGAACAAGACAACCAGUCGAUGUACCCUGGAUAUGAAAUAGAAGAUGUAUUCACAGAACUUUGAAAUUUGCUUCUUCCAAAGUUUUCAAAAAAUGUAUCACAUCUUGAGCAGAAUGGGUAGUUAACCAGGAAACUCAUUCGGUAUUUCAGCCUACAGAUCCUACAAUCACAUUACAAAACACA